AUGGGCAGGUAUUCAACUGAUGGCCAGGGGAGUCACACAAAGCCUACAUUAGUUAAAAAGCGGAAAAGAAAGCAGAUGAAGAAAGAAGUAGUGGCAGCCAUAUUGGGGCAGCUAUCUACCACACAUGGCAGGGCAGACAAGGUCUCUAUUCUUCUUAUGAUGCAAGCAUUUGAUCACUUUUCUAGUGUUUCUGGACUGAAAGCUAAUCUGGAGAAGAGUUUAUUCUAUGUUGCAAGAGUGACACAAGAGUUUAAAGCUAAGAUAAUGCAAGAUAUGCAUUUCACUAUUGGAGAGAUGUCGUUCAAAUACUUGGGUAUUCCAUUGUCUUCAAGGAAGCUUUCUAUUCACCAGUGUCUACCCUUGGUUGAAAAGAUAAUUACUAGAGUUCAAUGUUGGACCACUAAGUUCCUAUCAUACAGUGGUAGAGUACAGCUUAUCAAAAGUGUACUAUUUGAGAUGCAGAGAUAUUGGGCCCAAGUGUUCCUAUUGCCUAAGAAGAUCUUGACUAUGGUGACAAUGUAUGCAGGAAUUUCCUGUGGACUGGGAGUAAUGAAUACUCAAGAAGAGCCCUAA